AUGUCGACGGAACACGCCACGGAGCUCGUCAAUGCUCUCAAAGACAUCAAGGAGACCCUAGCUACACAAACCGAGCACUUGAAAACAAACUCGUUGCUGCUCCAAGCGCUCCUAGAACUGAACCAAAAGGAAGUGGGAAAGAGGACGGACGCUGAGCAGCGUGUGGAUAAUGAAGCAACAAAAUCUCCGGACGUUAAAGUUGAGGUCGAUCAGGAUAGUGGUCAACGGGAACAGCCCCGGAACAAGUCACGCGCUCUCUACGCCGACGUGCCACCUGACUUCACAUUAACGUGGGAACUAACUGGAAAGGAUAGAGAGACUCACCAUGACAAUGAGUGGUAUAACGUUAAUGACCACAAGGACAAAGAGUGGUAUCACAUUGAUGACCACAAGUUGACAACACCGCGACCUCUGCCAUGCCCGCCAGAGGAAAUGCACCUGAGUGGGAAUCUCUAUGUUCCCUAUUCUCAUAGCAGGACACGACGAUCAAUCGAGAGCCGUGGACUGGAAAUCGACGCAGAAACGACGGGGCUCGACAGUCAUGCUGCUACUAUAGUAGACGCACUGAACAACCUGUAUUCCGUACCCGCAGACGCGAGACUUCCCCUUUGCUUUGAGCCGCUGUCGCUCCGGCGCAUGAAAAUAACUGGAGAGCUGGAUGAAUACCUUAUCAAGGCCACUCAGUUCCUGAAAGACUUACGCCAAGCCUCUGGAACUUUCAUAAUCUGGGACUAUGAUAUUCUUGGCAACCACUUUUGCUAUUACCCGUCUGACCUAAGCUGGAAUAUCGAAGACGAACAGCAGUUUCGGCUCCUGAUGAGGCGUCACUGGGCGGGACUCGAUCCUUAUUUCGACCAGCUUGACGCGAAGCGUGAGCUCAUAUUCGACCCGGGAAAACACGACAGCCUUCUCUUUGACGAUAGGCACUUUACGCAAUCAAGGCUCUACUUCUGGGCCAUCAAUAGCCUUGGAAGAUUUAUCCAGGAUAUCGACUUUACGAUUGAGCGAUGGGAGACUUUUUGGGGAGAGAACGAAGACAACUUUCGCAGAACCGAGAAACAUCUAGUGACUGUGAACGAGCAGGCCAAAGUCAAGGGCUGUAAAAACGUACGAGGCGUUGUUGACAAGAGUGUUGAUCAACUUUGGGCUUCCAUUCUUUCACGGAUCCAAAGUCUAAAGAACACUCGACAAGUCUUCGAAUCCAGAAGGCAGAAGAUCAUCGAGUACAGAGAUGGACUCUUCAACGCAAGCAGUGUCAUUGAGACCCGGGAAGCGACGAGACUGAGCCAAAAUGUCAAGUUAUUGACCUUUGUCAGCAUCUUCUACCUGCCGCUGGGCUUUUGCAUGUCGAUGUGGAGUAUCAACGAGAACUAUAACGCAAACAAUCUCGUCGCUGUCACCAUAUGCAUCGGAUUAGCAACCUACGUGGUGGUUGCGAACCUAGAAACAACUGUCUAUUCCAUUCGAUGCGGUCUGUCACUGUUAGUUGAAGCACCUAGGCAGCGUUUAGUAAGGAAAAUGACGGAAGAGAGCGGCACUCGAUGGAGCUUCCUGGGCCGCGAAUUGUCGAGGGCUCAACCGAGCAGGGAGGACCCGAAGCCGAGUGAAUGGCUUGUCGUUGGGUACUGGCUCGUGACCAUAUACCGCAGCUUUAAGAGCUUCCGCAGUACGGAACAACCUCUCGCCGAGCUAGACGCAGAACAGAACAACGCUACUAGAGAGGCCCCAACAUCCAGAAACCCAAUCAACCUCUUGAAGAGACUUCGGCCUCGUCCAGACAAGGACGUUGAGAAAGGAAACCCGCCAACUAAGAUUAUCACCACGUCCCUUGCAGGGCAGGACACAACAUCGGCUUCCGAACCAGAAGAAGCCCCUCGCCUAUAUAUGUAA